AUGGUACGUGCUUAUUACAUGCAAGAUCCGGUCACUAACCAGCGAGAUCCUUGCGAAUUGGAUCCACCUAGGGAAGCCACCGAGGAAGCGUUGAAAAGAUGUGAUGUAUGGACGAUGAAGAUCCCAAUCGAGAAUGACUGGGAGCAAAAGUUAAAUGAAGAAGCGAAGAAAGUCGGACUCAACUACCGCGAUGAAAUCCACGUCAAUAAGGAUAAAAUGCCGAAUUAUGAGGAAAAGAUCAAAAUCUUCUUCGAGGAACACCUCCACGUCGACCCGGAAGUCCGAUUUGUGAAGGGUGGCAGUGGAUAUUUUGACGUUAGAGACAGAGAGGACAAAUGGAUCCGACUGGCGGUCUCCGCAGGGGAUUUCAUCUUCCUACCCGCAGGCAUCUACCAUCGAUUUACGGUGGAUAAUAAUGACUCCAUCAAUGCGAUCCGUCUGUUCAAAGACGAGCCAAUCUGGGAGGCGUUCAAUCGCAGCGACCAUCAAACAGAUGAAAAAACAAUCAGGGCUGAAUAUCUCAACGCCAUCCAAAAAGUU